AUGCCAAUAUUGUUUGCUUUUGCCCCUUGGGCUGACAUUGGACAUGAUGAGCCAGCUUACAAACUUGCAAGACUAAUGGACAAAUGCUUAUGGUAUGGACAUGAUGAAGGAAAUCUUGGUAUUCCAAUCAGUUGGGCAUUGUCUGGUCAGACAAUGGAAGCUAUAGUACGUGUGGACCAUUCAAUACAAGGCUCAAUCAGAUAUAGGACUGCAAAGAAGGGCACUUUCUCGGCUUGGGAGCAAUCAGAGAUCAUUGGAUCAACGUUCCACGCAUCUGGCUUGGCACACCCCUGUCUCGACGACCUCUAUCAAGACGCCUACAUCAAUGGAUUCGUCAAAGAAGACAUCAAACACACCAACCAUGUACUCCAUCAACUGUUUGACAGAGAGCCCAGAGGAUUCUGUCCAAGUGAGAAACUGUUCAGUAUCCAAUCAAGUAGAGCUGUGUCAGAGGAAGGUUAUGAAUAUUGUAUAAUAGGUGGAGAACAUUUUGGAAGCGACGCACAUGGACAACAUCACAAGGGUAACAUCUUUAGCGUGGAGAAUGGACUCAAGGUCGUGCCGACGGUCAAUGAGAUCAUGCCAUCAGACUUCAAUCGAUAUUACAAGGCAGAGUUGUUGAUUGAUGAGAUCAUACAGUAUGCCCGCAGGAACAAUAUUGGCCGUGUACUGUUGUCUGCCGACGUGGACUUUUGGUUGGACGACAAUGGAUUCGAGCGCAUCAAGUGGCUGUACCUCAAGUCGCUGGAGCGCUCCGAGGAGAUCAGAAUGGUCAACACGAGCGCGCUGGUCGAGUCGUCCUGGUGCCAGGGCUACCCGGGCCUGCAAUCACUCGAGCGCUUCUAUCAAUCGAUCAACAUCCCCGACGUCUAUCGCAACAUCUCGACGUGGACCAACGCGCCAGGCAACCUCCGCUUCAUUGAUUGGGAGCGAUCGGCACGCUCGGCCGAGUUUAUCAAAGCGCACACUGAUCGAUUCUUCAAGGCCAUCAACAAUGAACAGUGGGUCGAUGGACACAAGCUACAACGAGCCAAAGAGAUGUGGAUGAACAUCUCUGGUACCGUCUUCUACGAUGGUCGCGAGCAAUGGUACAACUUCAUGCCAGACUGUUUCGACGAGAACAUGAACAAGGCAUGGAACCUCUUGCACGAGUCAUGA